AUGGGUCCUCUUCCCAAAUCCCUACUUAAUCUUAGGCACCUUACUACYCUAUAUUUAUCAUAUAACAAGCUUAAUGGAACAUUACCUUCUUGGUUGUUUACUCUUCCCUCACUGGAAGCUAUCUUUCUCUCCAACAACAUGUUCGGCGGAAGCUUACCAUUGGAAUUAUUCACCCGACAAUCAUUAAAGAAAUUAUUACUCAAUAACAAUCAAUUUGAUGGAACGAUAGACGUGCUUGAUCAAGGAUCCAUUCAGCAAACAUUUCAACAACUCCCGAACCUCACUUUGCUUGAUCUCUCAUUUAACAAUUUUACUGGCGUAUGGGAGUUGGAUACUUUAUUAUCAAGCCUCAGGACCCUUGAUUUUCUUUCUCUCUCAUAUAGUGGUUUAUCUGUUAUGACCAAUAAUGCCAGUCGCUAUGUCAAUCCUAAUUUUCAAGCCUUGGAGUUAGCAUCUUGCAAGAUAAAGGUGUUCCCAGAGUCCUUACGAGCCAUGAGAAAACUUCAAUCUUUAGAUCUAUCAAGAAAUGAAAUCGAUGGCUACAUUAAGGAGCUAGGAGGAAAUGAACUGGUUUACUUGGAUCUCUCACAUAACAUCAUAACAGGGCCAUUCCCUCUAUCAAUUUGGAACAUGGAAAAUCUACGAUAUUUGAAUCUGUCCAAUAAUCACUUUAGUGGAGUGAUUAAACCUGGAGAUAUGAACUUCUCUCCUUCAGUUAUAGAUAUGGGGAACAAUAAUUUUAAUGGCACCAUUCCACAUGUGUGUGGUGGAGAAUUAACGGGGCUUAUUUUGAAUGGAAAUCAAUUUGAAGGUAAGGUGCCAAGUUGCUUUUCCAAAUGCUCAUACUUGCAAGUGCUUGAUCUGGGAAACAACCGCUUAACUGGUGCAUUCCCUGACCAGUUAGGACGUCUUCGAUAUCUGAAUGUUCUUGUCCUCCGAUCAAACAAGUUUCAUUGUCCCAUAGAAAGAAGCUCUUUUAUGAUCGAACACCCAUUUCCUAGUUUGAGAGUUCUUGACUUAUCUCAAAAUGAGUUUGGAGGCCAUCUCCCUGGAAAAUAUUUUCAAAUUUUGAUGUUAUGA